AUGACUUCAUCAAUCUUCUACAAGUUCAAGAAUUCAAGGGAAAGCGAGCGCAUCAUCUUCAACGGCACCGAUUUGAGCGUUUUCGAGCUCAAGAAGGAGAUCAUCAGCGCAAGCGGCCUGGGCGAUGGCUCCGAUUUCAACUUGCACAUUUAUCCGCAAGAUGAGCCCAACUCUGAGCUCAAGGACGAUACCACUUUAAUUCCGCGCUCAUCCACAAUCAUCGCAAUUCGGCUGCCCGCUCAAAGAGGACAAGGUCGAGCAGCCCGCUACGUCACCGGCAAAGCGCCUUCGCGCGCAAUUUCUUCACAAUCCAAGCCAGUUCCUUCUCUACGUGGUGGUCAUAUCGAAAAUGCCGAAGAUCCUGAAGCCGCAUUCUGGGCCGAAUCAGCAACUGCCUGGGAUGCACAGAAAAUGGCACUUUCGAACGCAAAACCGGUCUAUCGCAAAAAUGCCUCGAAAAAUGUCAUUAUACCUUCCCACCCCCCGCCUUCUGGCUAUGUCUGUCGGCGCUGCAACAUAAAGGGCCACUGGAUUCAAGCCUGCCCAACCAACGACGAUCCCGAUUUCAAGCCUGUUUUCCAAGCCAAACGUACUACUGGAAUUCCCCAAUCUCUCUUAGAGAAAGUUGAAAAGCCAGUCGACGAAGAGGCUGCAAAGGGCGUCAUGUUGAACCCCGAAGGACACUAUGUGAAGGUCUUGGCAGAUACCAAAGCCUGGGCCAAAUUUCAAGAGAAAACCAGCAAAUCUCGCCAACAAGCCGCCAACGCCAAUGCAGCAAGCAAAGAGCUUGCCGAACGAGGUCUGCAAUGUCCGCUCGACGAUCAGAGAUUUGUCGCUCCCGUCAAAACGCCUUGCUGCGGCAAGACGUACUGCCGCGAAUGCAUCGACAAUGCUCUCGCAGAAGGAGAUCUAAUCUGUCCAAACUGCGGGAAGGAAGACGUAUUGAUGGACGACCUUGUACCUGACCACAACAUGGUCAAGUUCCUUAGAGAUUUCGACUCCGAGAAAGCAGUUUUAGCCAAUAAAACAAGUUCUCUUUCAAUUGCUUCCGCCACUGCUACUACUACCGCUGCACCUGACGAAGUCUCCGAUACUGACUCAAACUCUUCAAAGAAGCGCAAGCAGCCUCCCACAGACAUCAAGCCUCCCACCGCGCCAAAAGCCAUGCGUCAAGCCGCCGACCCCGCCUCGAAGAUGGAACAAGACUUUAUACAACAGAUGGAGAUGCUCAAGAACACACCGAUGAGCGCCAUGGGAAUGCCGAUGGCUAUGCCUAUGCAAAUGGGUAUGCCUCAGCAGAUGGGCUUCCCGAACGGCUACCAGAUGGGCUUCCAGCCGCAGCAACAACAACAGCAGAUGCCGCAGCAGCAAUGGUAUCCCCAGCAGAACUUCGGCUACGGCGGCCAGCAGCAGUACAGUCAACAGUACGGCCAGCAACAACCUCAGCAGCAACAGUACGGACAGGGCGGACAAGCGCAGACACAGGGACAAGGACAAGGACAAUGGGGCAGCGCGCAGGGCCAGGCGCAAGGGCAGCAAGACCCCAACGAUGCGUACGACAGGCAGCCCGUCAACCCUCGCGGUCGCAACCGCAGGUCUCGCGCACCAGACUACCGCUAUCAUUGA